AUGACAGAUAUUCGGACUGUACACCAUUAUAUUCCAUUCAACAAACGUAUUGGUAAACCACUGCAACUUCCUGUGCAAACGCUCGAACAAUUCGCUGAAUGCAAUUUUAAGGGUCACAUAUUGGAAGUACGUCGCGAGCCGAUCGCUAGCCCGUUCCUGCACAAGGAUACUGAGGAUGAGUAUUCAAAAUCACUAGAAAUGUUCGCGAUGAUUCUGCGCUAUAUGAAUGACACGCAGCUGAAUUGCGAACAGCUGGCAAUUCUUGGAAAAGCGAUCAUUCAGAUGGCUCUGGACAGCGUGGAUCAGCGCGACGAGCUACUGGUGCAGCUUUGUGCCCAAACGUAUCGUAAUCGCGUAAAAAACAAUGCCGAUAAAGCAUGGACACUGCUCCUCGGUGCAGUGAACUGCUUUGCACCGUCGCCUCAGCUAGUUCCAGCGCUUAUCAGGUGA